CGGGACAUCGACGGUUUAUGACUAGAUUUCCUUCCCAUCAUUCCUCAGUACAUAAACAACAUGGACGCCAGUCGACUUGAUUAUUUUGAGCUCGCCGACUUGCAAAUGUUAGAAAAUAUUGAAAGACGUUUGCCAUGGAUCCGCGAAAGAAACUCUGAUUUAGAUGAUUUAGACGAAAUAGACUUCCAUGAAAGAUAUAGGUUCAACAAAAGCACAACGGGAAAAAUUAUAGACUUGGUCAGCCCCCUAAUGGAGGACACAACGCAUAGGAAUAACGCUUUAACGAAAACUGAAAAAGUGCUCGCUGCGCUCAGAUUUUUCGCAUGCGGUACGUUUCAAGUGGAGAUUGGUGAUUUGCAAGGUAUGUGCCAGCCGUCUUCCUGCAGAUCUAUCAACGAAGUCGCCAAGUGUCUUGCUCAAUUGAGGCCAAACUACAUAUAUCUCCCACAGACGGAAGAUGAAAGAAUGGAGAUUAGCCAAAAGUUUUACUCAAAGUACGGUUUUCCAUCUGUGUAUGGCGCAUUAGAUUGUACACUCAUAAAGAUAAACAGCCCCGGAGGAUCAUAUCCAGAGACUUAUAGAAGUCGAAAAGGACAUUUCGCUCUAAAUGUUCAAACACUGAGUGAUGCUGACCUGUUAAUAAGAAACAUUGUUGUUCGUUGGCCAGGCAGCACCCAUGAUAGCAGCAUAUUUAAUAAUUCAUACUUAAGAGCACACCUGGAGACACAAGUUCCUGCUAACUAUCAUGUUGUGGGAGAUGCUGGCUAUCCAUUAAGGGAAUAUCUAAUGACUGCAUUUGCAAAGCCUUCCACCGAUCCCCAACAAAGAUACAAUGAAGCACUUAUAGCUGCUCGCAACGUUGUCGAAAGACAGUAUGGAGUAUGGAAAAAAAGGUUCCCUUGCCUUACCACGGCUCUUCGGUGCGACUUAGAAAAUGCACAAACAAUUAUUGUUGCAACAGCUGUGCUUCACAAUAUUGCUCUGUUCGAACAGGACUAUUAUGAAAAUGAGGACUCCUCUGAAGACGAAGAUGAAGAUGAAUCUGAAGACGAUGACAGUAAUAGCACUGUUUAUCCCCCUCAAAUAGGUGGUAUUACCAAACGUAAUAGAAUUGUAGCAAGCUACUUUUCAUGA